AUGAUAUUCGCUUCGAUAUGGAAAUAUACCAAUAAAAGCAAUAAUGUAAAUAGUGAAAAUCUUCGCUCAAAAAUACCUUCAAACAAUAAACUCAAAUGGCUGUUAUUGAUUUUUUUGUUGGUUCUAAUCGUUUCACUUAGUCUCAAAACAUCCGAGAGGAUAUAUUUUAAAAAAUCAAAUUUGCAGUUUCCUCAUAAGUCGCAAAUAAAUUUACUAGAUGGUUGUCAAUACGUUUACAUCGAUAUAGGAACAAAUAUUGGAAUACAAAUUCGAAAGCUCUAUGAACCACAUUUAUAUCCAAAUGCACCUGUUCUAGCAUUUUUUAAAGAAAUUUUUGGAAAUCAUUCAAAUGAAGUAUGUUCUGUCGGCUUCGAAGCUAAUCCUUUACAUGAUAAUUAUUUGAAAGAAUUUGAAAAUUAUUGUUUAAAACGAAAUUGGCGUGUAAAAAUUUUUACGUCGACUGCUGUUAGUAUUAUUGAAAAAAAUCUCACAUUUUUUAUCGAACCAGGAAACGACGCAAAUAAUCAAUGGGGUGCAAGCUUAAACGCGGACGGAAAGAAAGCAAGCAUCACUGUACCAAGUAUUGAUAUCGUAUCUUGGUUUAAAGGAACAGUAUUAAAUCGAACAAUACUUCCUGGACUUGCUUCAUCAAAAAUUAUGAUGAAAACUGAUAUUGAAGGACAUGAUACAGUUGUCCUAGCAAAUCUCAUACUCAAUGGAGUUUAUUGCUCGAUCGAUCUUAUUUAUGGUGAGCAUUUUGACAAUAAAUUUCAAAAUGCAAUUUCCCUGUUACAACAAUAUUCCAGUUCGUGCAAAACUAAAUUAAUUUAUAUAGACGAUGAAUCAUAUUAUACUGCAAGAUUUCCUUUUAUUAUACAUAAUUCAACUAACUGA